AUGAAUGAUAGUAUUGAUAGUUAUGAUCCAUCUAACGGAUACUAUACUGGUAAUAUUCCAAUAUAUCGCAAUAAUUAUACAUCUAAUUUCAAACCAAAUACAUCAAAUAUUUAUUUUCGACAUUCAUAUUCACCACCUGCUCACGAAAAUAUUUAUUUACAAGAAAAACAACAAUCAAAUACUGUAAAUCCGCGUUAUCUAAAUAUGAGUAAUCAUCAUCAACAACAACAGCCACAACAACGUUUAACUGCUGAUAGAUAUGGUUUUGAAAAAAGUGGUUCAUCAUCAACAGCGUAUUAUAAUCGUAUUUUUGCACAAGCUCAUUCAAAUACAUAUGCUUCUCGAUAUCAAAAUCCAUGCUUUCCUUCAACAACACUUAAACAAUCAAGAGAAACAUUACCUAUAAUGGAUGAUCCACCACUUGAUUAUCUUCAUUAUACAAUGGAUUCACUUAUUCAACAAUUAGUACCUAAUGAAACUUAUAUACCAAAGCAAUCAUUUAUUUAUCCAAUGUUCUUAUGUUCAAGAAUACAUAUUCAACCAAGUAUAUUACUUUAUAAAUUAGCUCAGUCAACAAUGAAUUCCAUAAAAAAUUUGACUCGUGAUCGAAGUAUUCGAAUAAUGAAUAAUUUUCUUAAUAUUUUAUCACAAUGGACACGUACAUUUCCAUAUGAUUUUCGUAAUACCGAUAUGAUAACACAAUUAGAUGAAAUUUUGAAACAGAUCAAUUUUUAUGAACCAACUCUUCAAUCAAAUACACAUUCUAUAAAGAAAAAACUUCUUUCAAAACUAAAAGCAUUAGAAAAUUAUGAAGAAUAUAUUCGACAAUUAAACACAAAAGCAUUAAAUAAUCAUACUCACAUAGCAUUAACUACUGAUAUUAUAAAUGAAUGUCCAACACCAAUAUUAUUUGCUCAACAAUUAACUCAUAUUGAACUGGAUAGAUUAAAACCGAUUGGUGCUGAAGAACUAAUACAAUAUUAUAUUAUGAAAUUAUCAUCAGAAGAAAUACGAGCACAUCCAAAUAAAACUUCUAAUACUCAAACAAGAACAUCAAAUGAUAAAUUAUCAGACAUUGUUCAUGAUAAAAAAUUAACAUUUUGUCUUGAAACUUAUGUGCAAUGGUUUAAUCGUUUAACUUCUUUUGUUACUACAGAAAUUGUUAAACAUACACAAAGACGUUUACGUAUACGACUUAUUAAUUAUUUUAUUGAUACUGCUUAUGAAUGUUUUCGUUUAAACAAUUUUAAUUCAAUGAUUGGAAUAAUUGGUGGUUUAAAUAUGCAACCAGUAAAACGUCUAAAAAGAACGUGGGAAAAAAUUCAAUCAAAUAAGCUCGAAGAACUUGAACAAUAUAUGAACGUCACAAAAAAUUUUGCUAAUUAUCGUCUCCUACUGAAAUCAGCUAUAGAAGAAGCUGAUAAAUAUGGUUGGAUAGUAGAUAAAAUAGUUAUACCAUUUACUAGUCUCGUUCUACAAGAUGUUUAUUUUAUAAAAACACAUAGUAAAGAUGAUACAGUAGAAGGUGGUAUUAAUUUAAAGAAAUAUUAUUCUAUGGCAAAAUUUAUUUCAGAAGAAUUUGUGCAAUGUAAACAGAGUAAAUGUUCAUUUGAACGAAAUGAUGUGAUUAUUAACUAUAUAACUACAUCACCGAUAUUUAAUGAAGACUCUUUAAUGCUUGCUUCAUAUGAAUGUGAACCACCAAUAACACCAAAUGAAAAAGAGAAAUGGAGUAUGCUUCAAGCAAAAAUGUACACAUCAUCGUGA